AUGUCCAACUACGCUCAAGAGAGAAACGUUGCUAUUCAAGCUGUGUUGACUGCUAGUAAGGUUUGCCAAUCUGUUUUCCAACACUUGGUAGCCAACGAGACCUUAACAAAGAACGACAAGUCACCAGUGACAGUUGCCGAUUUUUCCGCUCAAGCUAUUGUCAAUACAUGUCUUGAAAAGCAUUUUCCUAAUGAUCCUAUUGUGGGUGAAGAAGACUCUAAAGAUUUACAAGGCGAUGCUGGAAAAAUCUUGAGAGAAAAAGUGUUUUCAUUGACAAAUGGUGUUUUGGAAGAAAACGAAAAGCUUACUGAACAACAGAUUUUAAAUGCCAUUGAUCGUGGUAACUAUGCUGGUGGAGCCAAGGGCCGUCAUUGGGCUUUGGAUCCUAUUGAUGGUACUAAAGGAUUCUUACGUGGAGGUCAAUAUGCUGUGUGUUUGGCCUUGAUUGUAGACGGCAUUGUUCAACUCGGUGUUGUUGGCUGUCCUAAUUUGCCUAUUGAUCACCACAAGCCUGAAAGCGAACGCGGCUCUUUGUUCAUUGCUGUUCGAGGACAAGGUGCUUUCCAGCGUUCAUUUUCAAACACGACUGAAACACCCAUUCAUUUUGCGGAUAUUUCAAACACAAAUGAAGCAACUUUCUGUGAAUCUGUUGAAGCAGGCCACUCUUCUCAUGGUGAUGCAGAAGAAAUUGCCAAGUUGUUGGGUAUUACGCGUGAACCUGUUCGUAUGGAUAGCCAAGCCAAAUAUUGUUCUAUUUCAAGAGGUGAUGCUGAUAUCUAUUUACGUCUUCCUACAAGCAAGACUUAUAUUGAAAAGAUUUGGGAUCAUGCAUCAGGUAAUGUACUUGUUACUGAAGCAGGAGGCAAAGUGACUGAUAUUCAUGGUCAACCACUUGACUUCUCGAUUGGCCGUACCUUGGAAAAGAACAAGGGUGUUAUUGCCUCUAAAGCAUCUAUUCAUGGCCGCGUCUUAGAGGCUGUUCAACAAGUACUCAAACCUUAA